UUGAAUCAGAACCAGCCUACGUCGUCUACGACCCACGACCCUCGCGACAUUACGACGCGAUCAAUAACAUAGGGUUAUCGCGUGUCUCUCGUUUUGCGUAACACACGCGCUGAACAUCUUUUUACUCCGAUCUGUUCCGCGGGCGGAACCGACGCACGUGUUCAAGCGCGUUCCCUCUACGGCAUCGGAUUCGCUCGCUGACACGCGCUCCGAGACACGGCAUGGCGAGGAGACUGAGCGCGAAGAUCGGCCCGUCGAUCCUCAACGCCGACCUGUCGCAGCUUCACCAAGAGUCGCAGAAGUUGCUGGACAGCGGCGCGGACUACCUGCACCUGGACGUGAUGGACGGUCACUUCGUUCCCAACCUCACGUUCGGCCACCCGCUCGUCAAGUGUCUACGCAGUAAGAUAAAGGACGCCUUCUUCGAGACGCACAUGAUGGUGUCCAAUCCGGAGCAGUGGAUCGAGCCUAUGGCCGACGCCGGUGUGGACCAGUACACGUUCCACGUGGAACCGGUGGAGGACAUUCCUCUGGUCUGCAGGAAAGUAAAGGAGGCGGGAAUGAAGGUUGGCUUAGCGUUCAAGCCUGAGACAUCCGUCAAGAUGGUGAGGCACUACGCGGACCUAGCGGACAUGAUUUUGGUGAUGACCGUCGAGCCCGGUUUCGGCGGGCAGAGGUUCAUGGAGCCGAUGUUGGACAAAGUGGCGUGGCUGAGGGAGAUUUAUCCUGGGCUGGACAUCGAGGUCGACGGUGGCGUCGGACUGACUACGAUUGAGGCAUGCGCAAAGGCAGGCGCUAAUAUGAUCGUAUCUGGCACGGCUGUCAUUGGCGCGGCCGAUCAAGCUAAAGUGAUCAAGAUUUUUAGGGACACGGUAAACUGUUAUCUGGGCCAUUCGACAUAGUAGAGAGAGACGACGACUGGGGAUACCAAAUACGCGAAGCAUUCCUGCGGAAAAACAUUUUAUAUACACAUGUGAAAAUAUAUGUACAGAGUACUGUAUUUCUGAUACAGUAAUACAACGUGAGGGCUAUCUGUUCGCA